AUGGAGAUGCAGGAUUCGUUCCAAAUCCAUAGAAUACCACAAUCGAAGUACGUAGACGGAGUUAGAUGGCUUCCACAAGCUUCCGCUUUGAAUCGUUUCUUCGCAACAGCAUUCUAUGACCCGGAUUGUGAGUCUUCAUCAAUCGAGAUCCACUUGCUCGACCCAAACUCUAGAGGGAAUCCUAACAACAACCCAUCAGUCGAAUCGUUAUCUUCAUGGAUUUUACCGUCUCGGGUUUCGUCGCUAGAAGUCGCCGGAAACGGCGGUGGAGGCGGUUUGUUCAAACCUUUUGUUUCGGCAGCGACGUCUUCCGGUUCGCUCCACGUUCUGAUGGCUGAUUUGGUGGAAGGAGCGGAGAUUCAGGAGGUUUAUGUGGCGGAGGGAGAGAGUUUCCAUGUGGGUCGUGUGGAAGGUGUGGAUUGGAGAGAGGUAGGAGAAUGUGUGAGUGUUGGUGAAGAUGGGAGAGUGAAUGUAGUGACGAUUGUGAAUGGUGAAGGUUUGAGAUACAGAAGGGUUUUUGAUGGGAAUGGUUUGGUGGGUUAUAGAGCUGUGAAAUGGGCUUCUCCGACUGAGUUUGUCACUGGAGGAUAUGGUUUUGGUCUGCAAUUGUGGGAUCAGAGGAAGUCUGGUGAAGCUAUCUCGCAGCUCAAAGGGAACUGGUUUCAAGGAAAUUCUGCAAUUGUCCACUCCAUUGACAUUCAUCCAUCCCGGAAGCACACUUGCAUUGCGGGAGGUUCUUCAGGUACUGUGUUUGCUUGGGAUCUUCGGUGGCCAAAGCAGCCCAUCGUUCUUUCUGGUGUUGGAGCAAGUGAGGGUAUAAACAAUCCUCUGUCUGAAAGUGAGGUGUGGGAGGUUCAAUAUGACUCAUACACAAAAUCCAACGUCUCAUCCUCAAGGAUUCUACCCGUUAUGGCCUGCUCUGAAGAUGGCAUCCUUGGUGUCAUCGAGCAAGGGGAAGAACCGAUCGAGCUUCUGGUUGAACCUUGUGCCAUUAACAGUUUUGACAUCGACAGACAAAAUCCACAGGAUGUGAUAUGUAGCUUAGAGUGGGAAUCAAUAGCAGUCUUCUCAAGGCCUUAA